AUGACGAGUCUCGAAUCCGAGAGUGCCCUUCCCUCCAUGGAGCUCCGACAGGCAUCUCCCAGCGUCUUCCAUUAUAGGAAGGACCGUCUGGAGGACCCCACUGCAGAUCUCCGUUCCAGGAACGGCGACAUGCAAGAGGUCCAUAAUUAUGACGAGGGAGCCCUGUCAACUAAUUCAUUGCAAUUUAUCAGAAAUGUCAGCUCUAGAAUUACACGGAAUGCGAAGCGUGGCGCUAGACGUCGAGUGUUUGAUGCCGUCAACGAGGUGGCCGGGAUAGGGAACUUCCGAGACCGUCUCAGACGACAACGUGACGAGACUAAGAAGCGUUGUCGAAGCCAGUUGGGAUCCAAGCUCAAUGAACUACGCGAGGUCGCGGAUGAGCUCAGGCGACAGACUGCUUCCGAAGGAUAUGGCGAGCAGAGUAGCGAGGUCGCCGGGAAGCAUGAAUCCAAUGGAUGUCUCCAAGAUCCAAUCCGAGCCAGGAAGAGGCUACGCCAAUUAGUGGAGACCAUUGAUGCUGAUGAUUUCGCUCCUACAAGAGAGCUUCGAGCUGCACUCGAUGGUGAUGACGAUUCAACCCUGAUGACCGAGUUGGAUAACCUCUGCCUCACACUCGAAGGGGAGCUUCCAACCAGUAACCUGCAGUCUACGCGGCCCAUGGAGGCACCAACGGGGAUGAACUUCCUUGAGGAAAAGGUGCUGAGCUCUCAGACUGAGUUCAGGAACCGCGAACCCCAGCCGUACGAGCCGACCCCACUAGGUUAUGACUACGAUGCUUUAGAACCUUACAUAGAUGCUGAGACUAUGCGUGUACACCAUGUAGGGCAUUACAAGGCGUAUGCUGAUAAGGUGGUAGCAUCACUGCUGUUCUUCAACACCUUCGAUUCAGUUCUCGUCGGCUGCCCGUCAGCUACGUUAGACGAAGUCCCUGUGUCUUUGAGGGAUAAAAUAAGGAACAACGGUGGAGGGUAUGUGAAUCACGAGCUUUACUUCGCUAGCAUGUCUAAGGAUGGUGGAGGAGAACCCGAAGGAGCCAUCAGAAGGGCAAUAGAUCAAGAUUUCGGAUCAUUCUCAAAGUUCGUGUCGGGCUUCACGAGCCUCGCUGAGGGUCGUUUUGGAGCUGGGUGGGUAUGGCUGGUGGUGGAUACCUCUACGGAGGACAACACGCUCAAGAUACUAUCAACUCAGAAUCAGGAUACUCCACAGAUGAUUUCACCUGACAUGGUUCCUCUGCUGGGCUUGGACGUGUGGGAACAUGCCUAUUAUCUCAAGUACAAGAACAAUAGGCGUGCAUACAUCGAUGCUUGGUGGAACGUUGUUGAUUGGGCAGCAGUUAACGAGAGAUACAUUCAGGGAGGCUUCACGCACCUUGAUUCUGAUAUGGUUGGUAUUUGA